CCAACAUGUUUUCCUUAAUUAUGUUCAUUUAACAUAUGUUGUUGGCUAAUCUUGAGAAAGUGUUCAUCAGUUAGUCUUUAUGAACAUUGAGUUUUGUGUAUGUUAAAAUAAUUUAAACAGACAUCAGAAACUAACUACUGUGACACAAAAGUGGACUAGUGGCGCCAUCUCGUGGUUACGUGACUAUACACGUUACUCAUGUCAGAUCUCUGAUUCACGCUUCAUUUUCGGAUCUCCCUCCCACAACUUGAAAUACAAGAUUCACACUGUAGGUAAUGUGGAGGCCCUCUCCAGCUGUGGGACCCCAGCAUCACCCCUAUGAUCGGACUGGAUGUGGUUUAUCGCACCAAGCGCGUAGAGGCAAAAGGUCCAGACGUGGUGGGCUUGUUCUUUGUGAAGCACUCAACUAGGCUAAAAUAAAACCCUGUCCUCCGAAGUGCCGUUGGGCAAAAUAAGUACAUUUUACCAGCAACAUUGAGUGCUACUCUUUGGUUGGUUAUUUGCUCUCUUUAAAAAAAAAAGUUUUAUAAUUGCCUUUGUAUUUAAAGUCAUUUAAGAAGCUUCCCUGAGAACAACAUAUAGGUCAAAUCAUAUUGUUUUACUCUACCGUAUUAAAAUAAUUAAGAUUUAUAUUACUUGAAAAUUUCAAAUGGAUGAUUUAAAAGUUAAAUCAUUCAACCAAACCAACCCGUGUGCAUGCUGUGUGCAGAAAAUAAGUUUGAAAAGGUACAUUUUUGUUCUGAAUCAAAGUUGCACUGCUUCAGGCUCUGAGGAAGCGAACCAGGACUGAACCAUUCAUAUCGUCGCGGGGGUGGCUGAUACAGUCAAUGAUUCAUUCAAGAUUCGCCUCAAACUGCAAUGAUGGUACGUUAGUAAUAAGCAAUGCUUAACACUAACCACAUAAACGAAACAGAAACCGAGUGCGAGAAACAUCAAAAUGACCAGUCAUUUCCUUCUCACGAGACACAUUUAAAAACAUUUACCCAGACAAAUAACGUGGUCUGUUCCCUCUUCCAUCCAGUUCUCUUUAGUGUUUGCCAAUGUCGGAGGUGUAACUGGGGUCUGGCCCUGGACAAAGGAAUAGAGCAUGGCUCAAGUGAAAGUACAGACCUCAGCACCCCUGGCUGGUCCUGGCCUCUCCCCCGGAGUUUCCCCAACGGCCAUGGCCAGCCCAGGAUCCUUGGGUCUGCAGCCCUCCGUCAACGGCACAGGCCCGGCCCCCACACCCGCCUGCCCUGCUCCUGCAGUCGGAUAUGGGGACGCCCCUGUGUCUUCUUCAUCGCCAGGCCCACCCCAGGAGAACAUGGCAAACCCUAAAGAGAAAACUCCAAUGUGUUUGGUGAAUGAGUUAGCCCGUUUCAAUAGGAUACAGCCACAGUACAAGCUCCUCAAUGAGAGAGGCCCUGCACAUGCUAAGAUCUUCACAGUGCAGCUGACUCUUGGGGAGCAGGUGUGGGAGGCUGAGGGCACCAGCAUUAAAAAGGCCCAGCACUCCACAGCCGCCAAAGCGCUGGACGAGAGUGUCCUUCCCAGGCCAGCGCCCCGCUCCCCUAAAGUGGACAUCAACAGCAACCCAGGCAGUAUAACACCGACGGUGGAGCUGAAUGGUCUGGCCAUGAAGAGAGGGGAGCCAGCUAUCUACAGGCCUUUGGACCCUAAACCCAUGCCCAACUACAGAGCUAACUACAACUUCAGAGGGAUGUUCAACCAAAGGUACCAUUAUCCUGUUCCGAAGAUCUUCUAUGUGCAGCUGUCUGUGGGGAGUCAUGAGUUUAUUGGUGAGGGACGCACCCGCCAAGCAGCCAGACACAAUGCUGCCAUGAAGGCCUUGCAAGACCUGCGGGAUGAACCCAUCCCCGAACGGCCACCGCAGAGCCCGGAGGAAAAAGGAGAGCCUGAGGACGGCCCUGAUGCCAGCAAAUCAGAGAUCAGCCUGGUCUACGAAAUUGCCCUGAAGAGGAACUUACCUGUCAACUUUGAGGUUUUGAAGGAGAGCGGCCCCCCGCACAUGAAGAGCUUUCUGACCUGCGUCAGCGUCGGGGAGUUCUCUGCGGAGGGCGAGGGCAACAGCAAGAAGCUGUCCAAGAAGCGUGCUGCUCUCUCCAUCCUGCAAGACCUGAAGAAGCUGCCCUUCAUCCCCAUCGUGGAGAAACCCAAGACGCACUACAAGAAACGCACCAAGACCAUCCUCAAGACAGGACCAGACUAUGGCCAGGGCAUGAACCCGAUCAGCCGCCUGGCCCAGAUCCAGCAGGCCAAGAAGGAGAAGGAGCCAGAGUACCUGCUGCUCUCUGAAAGGGGGAUGCCCCGACGCCGGGAGUUUAUCAUGCAGGUGAAGGUGAAUAGCGAGGUUGCCACGGGAACGGGACCCAACAAGAAGGUGGCCAAACGGAACGCAGCAGAGGAGAUGCUCCUGCAGCUGGGAUACAAGGCCUCCACAGUCCCCCAGAACACCCCCGAGAUGGACAACAAAGGCUGGAAUGGACAAAAGGCGUCAUUUACCGAAGCGACGAGUAACACCCCAAAGGGUCUGCUCCACCUCAGCCCUGAUGUUUACCAGGAGAUGGAGGCCAGCAGGAAGCAAGGGGGCAGUGCUCCGUGCCCUGGCAGCAACGGUGGCGACUCCGUCAACUACAUGACAUCCAAAGACUUGGGGCCCUGCUCUUCCCCGCUGCCCCCAGGACACCCUCCAUACUACAGCGGCUCCGGCUCACCCAGCCCAACCGCUACCAUGGCGAGGGAACUGCUGCUCAAUGGUCAGUCCCCCACAGGCGACGCCUCCCUGCCAAUGAAGGGGAAGAACAUGGCCCUGCCCUGCGGCGUCUCGGUGCAGCCUGCACAGCAGCUGGACUACCUGGCUCGCAUCCAGGGCUUCCAGGUGCAGUACAGUGAUGCGCAGAGUGGCCAGGAUUUUGUGACCUAUCUGACCCUCUCCCCUGUGCAAAUGACUUUCCACGGCACCGGGAGCACCCUCCAAGACAGCCAUGACCAGCGUGAUUCAGCAGGUUGCUCUCACAAGAACCGAGUGCUGGCGAAGCAGACGGUCACGGACGAUAACGGAUCACUUCUGUCCCGCCCGAAACAAAACUGA